AGAUUGGGGGAGCGUGGGUGCCAAGAAGGAUAAAAAAACUACGUUGGAGAUUGGGCGAGAGUGGGUGCCAAGAAGGAUAAAAAAACUUGGUAUUCCACAGAAGUUCGCAGAAGAGAGAGAGAGAGAUUCUCAGUUCUCCAUGUCGGCUUCUUUGUCGCUGAUCCCCUCCACCAUCUCGUCUGCGUUCAGAUACCGAGGCGCAGCAGCGAAGGCCCUUGACUUUGUCCCCUCCGCUCAUCGCCAUCGCCUCUUCUCCCCCGUCCCCUUCCCUUCUCUCGUCCUCCGCUCCGAUUCUCGCUCGGUGUCCGCCGCCCCCGCCUCCACGAUGAGGAAAGUGGAUGCCUCCGCCGCCGCCCCCGCCGUCGAUGCUGACUCUGCCAUGGAUGCCGUCCAGAGGCGCCUCAUGUUCGAUGACGAAUGUAUUUUGGUGGAUGAGCAGGACAAUGUUGUUGGACAUGAAUCUAAAUAUAAUUGCCAUCUGAUGGAAAAAAUUGAAUCUGAGAAUUUGCUGCAUAGGGCUUUUAGCACCUUCCUGUUCAACUCAAAAUUUGAGUUGCUUCUUCAGCAAAGAUCUGCAACAAAAGUAACAUUUCCUUUGGUAUGGACAAACACCUGCUGCAGCCAUCCUCUUUACCGUGAAUCUGAGCUCAUAGAGGAAAACUACCUUGGGGUUAGGAAUGCGGCUCAACGGAAGUUAUUGGAUGAGCUGGGCAUACCACCUGAAGAUUUACCUGUUGAUCAGUUCAUUCCUCUUGGACGCAUUCUAUAUAAGGCCCCAUCUGAUGGAAAGUGGGGAGAACAUGAGCUUGAUUAUCUGCUUUUUAUUGUUCGUGAUGUGAAAUUGCUUCCCAAUCCUGAUGAAGUUGCCGAUGUUAAAUACGUUAAUCAAGAUCAGUUGAAGGAGCUGCUGAGGAAAGCAGAUGCUGGGGAAGAUGGUGUGAAGCUAUCCCCUUGGUUCAGGCUGGUUGUCGAUAACUUUCUUAUGAAAUGGUGGGACCAUCUCAAAAAAGGCACUCUUCAGGAGGCUGUGGACAUGAAAACCAUUCAUAAGCUAACAUAAAAGAAGUUAAGGUAUUUUUUUAUCAAUUAGAUAAUGUUGGGAAACUAAACCUGCUUCAGUUCUUGAGAAGUAAAUUAGCAUGUUAUGGUUUUUGUAAUGUACUCGGUACCAAGUUUCAAUUGGCCAAGGAUUAUACUUUAUUGUGAAUCAGAUCUCAUUUACAAAUUUUAAAUUUGCUUUAGUUUUA